CGAACGAGCGCGAAGCAAGCAUCGUCAACCACAUGUCUUCGUCAUGCCGAAAUCCAACUAAACAAGUCAACCAUCAACGACCUCAAACACCAUCUCUUACCAUCAUAGAACGCAGCCUUUAGCGUGCCGCCGUCGUGGCCGCGUACUCCAUAUCACACUACACCAUGUCCGACAAUCCAUCAUCACCACUGCUUAGCGGUACCGAAAGACCGACCUCCAAACAGUCGAACCACUCUCGAGAUCCAUACGAGGACACUCCUCUCUUAUCACAGUCCAGUGAUGCACCUAGGUACGAUGGCGAGGAGGAUAUUGAGGGUGAAUUCCUCACUUCCCCAGCAGCUGCGUCUUUACGUUCCUUGCAGGGAAAUGCCCCGUCCAAGUCUCAGAAGGGAGGCCGUAGAUGGCCCACAAUCGUUGCUAUCAGUAUACUUGGGCUGCUGGCGAUAGGUAUUAUAUUUGGUGCAUUUUUUGCACCUGCGGUUGUUGAGGAGUAUGCAAGGGAGGCACUAGUCAUCGAGCCAACGAGUCUAUCUAUCGAUUCAUUUACAAAAACAGGAGUCAAUGCACGAGUCCAGGCCAAUUUCAAAAUGGACGCCUCAAGAGUGAAGAAUAAGAAUUUCAAAAAUAUCGGAGUAUUUGGUACAUGGGUUGCUCGGGAAGUGGAAAGCAAAGAAACGAAAGUCGAUGUUUAUCUACCAGAGUAUGGGAAUAUCCUGAUCGGCUCGGCUACUGUCCCUCCAGUCAAAGUAAACAUCCAGAACGGGCACGCCACCAGUAUUGACAUUAUCGCGGAACUACAGCCAGGGGAUAUCGAUGGUAUCCGGCUUGUUGCGAAUGAUUGGCUGGAGGGACGGCUUCCCAGCAUCAGACUUUUGGGAAAAGCAAACGUUGACCUAAAAUCUGGAUUGAUUCCUCUUGGUACCCAGACCAUCUCGGAAUCUUUGGUUUUUGAAGGUCAAUCACUCUACCGUUCUUUUGCGUCCCUGUUUCUUGGAGAGAAAUCCUUAACCUAGGCCAAUGGAAUGAGAGUAUUAGUUGAUACAUGCAUACAUUAGCGAAUAGUCUGACAGGUUUAUUGGACAUUGUUUUUUGAAUGUUGCCAACUCUUCAAAGAAAGAUUACUUCAAGGACAACUCUGAGACACUUGGCUAAUUUCGAAUUCAGGCAAUAAUCUCCCCGCCAUUCCCGAGUAUAACAUCACGCGUAUGAAUAUCCACGAAGUCCCAAUUUCAUCUGAUGGUCGACGUGGUAUGGCUGCAGAUGUUUCUUUGUCUCUCAUCAAUAGCUUUCCCGUUAAGUUUACAAUUCCUCCUCUUGGUUUUGACAUUCUUGUACCAAAUUGCAAAGACGAUGAGCCGUAUAUCCGCUUGGCAGAUGCAGAGACCUAUCCCAUUGACGUGGAACCAAAAUCUGAGGUGAAAGUCGAUGUCGCGGGAGUUGUUAGGGAGUUACCCAAGUCUCUUUUGCAGACUUGCCCUAACAAGAAAUAUUCCCCUCUCGAUUUUCUUCUCAAGAAAUACAUCAGCGGGAAAGACACAACGAUUUUUGUUCGGGGCGCAAGUCUACCAGAUGGAGAAACCCCGGAAUGGAUCAUGAAUAUCAUUUCCAGCAUUACAGUUCCCGUGCCAUUUCCUGGUCACACUUUCGAUAAUGCUAUCAAAAACUUUUCCUUGACCGAUACCGAUUUCAGUCUACCAGACCCAAGCGCUAGACCAGGAUCAGACGAAUCAAAGCCACAGAUCUCGGGCAACAUCAUUGUGAUUGCUGCUCUUCCGAAGGAGAUGAACUUUGGAAUUAACGUCAUGCAAGUCAAAGCUACGUCCGAUGUAAAAUAUAAGGGAAGGAAAUUGGGGGAACUUAACUUGAAGAAAUGGCAAGCCUCCAAUUCUACCCGAAUUGAACCAACAGACGACGAAGGCGCUGCCAUGAAGAUUCAAUCCCAAAUCAAAAAUGCUCCGCUGGAUAUCACCGACGACGAAGUAUUUUCACGGGUGCUACAAGCUCUCAUUUUUGGCUCUAGUCCCCUGUCUCUUGAGAUAGAAGCUCUUGUUGACGUCGAAGUCUCUACUGUUUUGGGCAAGCUUCCCAUCAAAGAAAUGCCCGCUAGCGGGAGUGUUCCAGUAAAGCGUUAGACACCACCAUUUAUAAUGAUUUAUUCAGCUCGACACGCUCCCAGCUGACGAGAUUGCAGCGAUCUCUAUUGGCAAUGGCUUGGGCGACCUGAAGCCUCAAGUCGGCGAUCUACGCAUCUUAGACACCUCUAAAACAUCUCUUGCCUUCGAAGCACGCGUUAGUUUUACGAAUCCGACGGAUUAUACGGCGCAAGUUCCUUUUGUUAAUAUACAUGUCCUCAACAACGGUUCCAUUCUGGGAGACGCCACAGCAGAAAAUGUCACAGUUAUAAAAGGCAACAACACGAAUCUUCUGGUCCGCGCUACCUGGAACCCUUCCAAAUUCGGCGGCGACAAAGCCCAGGAAAUUGGUCGGGAAUUACUCUCUCAAUAUGUAUCCGGUUAUAACACAACACUCACCUUCAGCACCCACGAAGACUCAAUCCCCUUCCAGCCCUCCCUAGGAAAAACCCUCUCCAAAUUCAAAAUCGAAAUCCCAACACCCAGACUCCACUCCCCAAACGACCGCACCGACGGCGACGACCAACCCCAAUUCAUCAAACAAGCAACCUUCCACCUCUUCUCCUCCACAGCAGAAUUCGUCCUCCUCUCCCCCUUACAACACAGCACCAUAUUCAUCGAGAAAAUCAAUGCCACGGCUCUGUAUAACCAUACCGAGCCUGUGGGUCAUAUCGAUUAUAACCUUCCAUUUGGAGUCCCACCGGGACAAAGUACGAGUCCUAGACUCCCCGUGGUGUGGAGUUUGGAUAGUGUUGGGUAUGAGAAGAUUAAGGAGGGGCUGGGUGGCUCGUUGAAGUUGGAUGCGAGGGGGACGGUGGAUGUGAAGGUGGGACUUUGGAGGGAGAUGAUUUGGUAUGUUGGGAGUGGGAUUGGGGCUAGUAUUAGGAUUUGAGCUGUAUUUUUUCUCCGGGUUUGUGUAUAGCGUUUUUCUCUUAUUGUAUUAUGGGAUUGGAGUUUUUUACUUUUUUGGAUAAUGGAUUGGUCAAGGGUAAGUAGACAAGGGCUUGUCACUGACAAAAGCAACAUGAGAAGGCGUUUUAGAGCGAAUGUGAAGGGUUUCAUGUUUUUUCUCAAAUGUAUAGAUUAGAUAGACACAAAGG